GUACCAAUGAAGAGGAUGAUACUCAUGUGUUCAUCAGUUCUGGUGAAGAUGUCCGUCUGCUCUGUAAUAAUACUCUUUCUGACUGUAACUCAACUGUACGGAACUAUUACAGUUAUUCAGCAAAAGUUGAACUGAUUGGUUUAGGGAUAAAGAAGAAAGACACAGAGAGACAUGAGAGACUGAGUCUGGGGUCUGACUGCUCUCUGAACAUCAAGAACAUCUCAAAAGAAGAUUAUGGAUUUUACAUCUGCAGACAAUAUGUGAAUGGAGAACUACAAGGAACUGAUGCUUGUGUUUAUCUGCAUGUUCUUCAUGUCUCUUCAUCAUCCUCCUCAUCCUCACAGACUGAGAUCAGUGCAGGCUGCUCUGUGACUCUCUUCUGUCAGUUGUAUUCAUAUGCUGGAGGCUCUUGUGAUGAUUGGAUCCGUUCUGAGGGAAUUGAGCUGUUCUGGGUGAAUCAGGCUGGUGUUAAACUGACGAGAUCAGACUCCAGAUAUCAGAUAUUAUCCUCAUCACAUCACUGUAUCAUCACUCUGAAUACAACACUCCUGAAUGAAGAUCACAACAGAGAGUGGAGAUGUGAAGUUACUCAGAGAGAUCUAGAUCGUUUGCAAACAAGCGCACUAUUUACACUUAAUGUAAAGACACUCCAAAUUGUUUUUCUUACCCUCGCUUGGGCCCCAAGUGUGCAUGGGCCCCUGGGCCUGUGCCCAUAA